CCUCUCCUCUCUCUGUGACUUCUGAGCCACAGCCUCUCCAUGGCCCAGAAAGAAGAGGCCGCUGCUGCCGCUGCCGCUGCCCCGGAGCCAACCUCCCAAAAUGGGGAGGACCUGGAGGACCUCGCCGAACACCCCGAGAAGCUGAAGGAACUCAUUGAUCUGCCACCCUUUGAGAUCAUCAGCGGGGAGCGACUACCAGUCAACUUCUUUAAGUUUCAGUUCCGGAAUGUGGAAUACAGUUCCGGGCGGAACAAGACCUUCCUCUGCUAUGUGGUGGAGGCCCAGGGCAAGGGAGGCCAAGUGCAAGCAUCUCGAGGCUACCUAGAAGAUGAGCAUGCAGCUGCCCACGCAGAGGAGGCCUUCUUCAACACUAUCCUGCCGACCUUCGACCCCGCCUUGCGCUACAAUGUCACCUGGUAUGUGUCCUCCAGCCCCUGUGCAGCUUGUGCCGAUCGCAUCAUCAAAACCCUGGCCAAAACCAAAAACCUGCGCCUGCUCAUCCUGGUGGGUCGACUCUUCAUGUGGGAGGAGCCAGAGAUCCAGGCUGCUCUGAAGAAGCUCAAGGAAGCUGGCUGCAAGCUACGAAUCAUGAAGCCCCAGGACUUCGAGUACAUCUGGCAGAAUUUCGUGGAGCAAGAAGAAGGGCAAUCAAAGGCCUUUGAGCCCUGGGAGGACAUUCAGGAGAACUUCCUGUAUUAUGAGGAGAAGCUGGCGGAUAUCCUGAAGUAGGCUACUGGCU